CUGUCCAGCUUCUACCAUCACACACCCACUUCAGAUUAGCCUCUUUCCCAUGCACCUUUCUUCAACACAAUUACCCAACCCUCUUCACCUCCUCCUUUAGUUUAUUUCCUCUCUUCACCACACACAAAAAGGGGGAAAUAAAAUGGUGAAGUUCUCAAAGGAGCUAGAAGCUAAACUCAUACCAGAAUGGAAGGAGGCUUUUGUUAAUUACUGGGACCUCAAGAAGCAGAUAAAGAGGAUCAAGCUCUCCAAAGUCCCAAAGCAAACCCAUCAAGCAGCUGGAGGGGACUUUGGUUUCUCCAUUUUCGAUUCUCUUGGCUUUUUUCUCAAGAAAUUCGCCUGCAGUGAAGAUAACAUCACCAAUAUCAUUAAGGUGAGGAAGAAAACCAUAAAGGGUAGCGGGGAAGAAAUCUACGAAACCGAGCUUGCACAGCUAUUCUCAGAAGAGGAUGAGGUGCGUGUGUUUUUUGCGAGGCUGGAUGAAGAGCUAAACAAAGUGAACCAAUUCUACACGAGACAAGAGGGUGAGUUUGUGGAGAAAGGAGAAACACUGAACAAGCAGCUUCAGAUUCUGCUUGAGCUCAAGCAAAUUAUCAGUGAUCGGCGGCGGAAAAAUUCUCCGUCGUCAAAGGGAAGUAAUCACAGUAAUACAGGGAGUUUCCCUUCCCCAACCCGGGAUUCUGAUUACUCAUCGGUUGGUGCAGAAAAUUUUGGAGACUCAGACGAAACAAACUCAGAAAUUUCACAAACGGAUGAGGUAAUAUCAACACUAGAGAGAAAUGGAGUGAGUUUUGUGAAUUCAACAACGAUGUCAAAAGCGAAGAAAGGAUUGAAGCCUAAAAUGGCAAUGAGAAUUGACCCAACUCGGGCGAUUACGGCUAUCACAAGCAUGCUUUGGGAGGAUUUAGUGAACAAUCCAACCGGUGACUUCAUUCACAAGAGGAAGAUUCAAUGUGCUGAGAAAAUGAUUAGAAGUGCCUUUGUGGAGCUCUAUAGAGGCCUUGGCCUGCUCAAAACAUACAGCUCACUGAAUAUGGUAGCAUUUUCAAAAAUCCUUAAGAAGUUUGACAAGGUGUCUUGUCAAAAAGCUUCUGGAAACUAUUUAAAAGAAGUGAAGAGAUCACAUUUUGUUAGUUCUGAUCAGGUUGUUAGACUAAUGGACGAAGUGGAAACCAUAUUCACAAAGCACUUCGCCAACAAUGAUAGGAAAAAGGCAAUGAAGUUUUUAAGACCACAACAACAUAAAGAUUCACAUAUGGUCACCUUCCUUGUCGGGUUGUCCACAGGUUGUUUUGUAUCCUUGUUUUGUGUAUAUGCAAUCUUGGCCCAUUUGUGCGGUAUUUUCUCCGCCAGUAAUGAACCUGCUUAUAUGGAUAGUGUCUAUCCUGUUUUCAGUGUGUUUGCAUUGUUAAGCCUGCACAUGUUUAUGUAUGGAUGCAACUUGUACAUGUGGAGGAGUACAAGAAUCAACUACAAUUUCAUAUUUGAAUUCUCACCCAGCACAGCACUCAAGCACAGAGAUGCAUUUCUGAUAAGCGCUUCCUUGAUGACAACUGUGGUUGGGGCAAUGGUCCUACACCUGCUUUUAAGAGCUGCAGGCUUUUCUCCAGGCCAAAUUGAUGCUCUUCCUGGAAUUCUUCUUCUGUUUUACAUAGCGCUGCUCAUUUGCCCGUUGGACAUUUUCUAUCGCCCGACCCGGUACUGCUUCAUCCGUGUUAUUCGCAACAUAGUCUGCUCUCCAAUUUAUAAGGUUUUGCUAGUAGACUUUUUUAUGGCUGACCAACUAACUAGCCAGAUUCCAUUGCUAAGGCAUCUGCAAACUACAGGUUGUCAUCUUUUUGCUAGAGUUCUCAAAACACACCAUUCUGAGGCCUGCCAUUCUGGAAGGCUAUACAUGGAAAUCACUUAUAUCAUCUCAUUUUUGCCGUAUUAUUGGCGUGCUAUGCAGUGCGCGAGACGGUGGUUUGAUGACAGUGAUGUGAACCAUUUGGCUAACAUGGGUAAAUAUGUUUCCGCAAUGGUGGCAGCAGUGGCUAGAGUAACAUACAGCAGGCAGCAUGACAAUCUGUGGUUAGCUAUGUUUUUAAUCAGUUCUGUGGUGGCCACAGCUUAUCAAUUGUACUGGGAUUUUAUCAAGGACUGGGGAUUUCUGAAUCCCAAAUCCAGAAAUCCAUGGCUCAGAGAUGAUCUAGUUCUAAAGAACAAAAACAUAUACUACAUGUCUAUUGCCUUAAAUGUUGUCCUAAGAGUGACAUGGAUUCAGACUUUCAUGCAUUUCAAAGUGGGGCAUGUUCAAUCAAGAUUGCUAGAGUUUUUGUUAGCUGCACUUGAGGUUAUUCGAAGAGGGCAUUGGAAUUUCUACAGGUUGGAAAAUGAGCAUCUAAAUAACGUUGGUCAUUACCGGGCAGUGAAGACAGUUCCGUUACCAUUUCGAGAGAAUGACUCUGACUACUGAGGUCAAAUUUUCAUACAAGUAAAGAAGUCCAACAGGGGUGGUAACCAACAAGAGGCAGAGAGUUUGUGAGCAACAGAAAGGGAGUCAUCCCUAAAACUUGUGAGAUCACUCCCUAUGCAAUGCAAAAUGUGCAUCUCAAAUGACAUUUAUCCUGUAAAUUGGCUCUCAAAAUUAUGAUUUCCCAUUCUAUAUCAACAUAAGGAGAAAAAACUUCUGAUUUC